ACAGCUAGUCCCAUAUAAAUGAGAUCUGUAUUUUCAAAGGUUACUACCGGGUUUCAAUAGAUGGCGUUGGAAUCAAAUUAUAUCGCGCUAUGUUUAGUUACACUGUAAUGUAUUUAUGAUUCGAUUUGUACAAUUAACUUUGGGGUACCGAUUUUAUUUUGAGUAUCUCUGGUAUCAUGGUUCCUUGUACCCAACUUGUAGCGCUGUUGUGUAUUUUUUUUUAACGUAAGAUUUUUUUAAACCUGUAAUUUGAAUUUGUUGUUUAUCGUACAAUGUAAUAAGACAGCCUUUUAUUAACUGUUAUCAAAUACUGCCAAGAAGUAUAAUUUAUUUAACGCCUUAUCAAAGUAACGUGACUAUGUUCGUGUUUCAGAGGGCGACAUAUUUGACUACGUGCUGGUUGGUGGUGGCACAGCGGGUGCUGUGGUCGCAGCCAGACUGGUCGAAGCAAACUUUAGUGUUCUGAUCAUUGAAGCCGGAGGCAAUCCUGGCGUGGAGAGUCUCUAUCCUGGGCUCAUAACAUUUGUGAAGAAUUCCCGCAUAGACUGGAAUUUUACGACAGAACCAGAUAACCUCUCCGGUCAGUGCCUCAAGGAAGGUAGUGGACCUUCUACUGGUAAAGCAUUAGGAGGAUCGGGAAAUACCAACUACAUGCUCUACUCAAGAGGCAACCCUAGCGACUACGAAAAAAUUUACGAGAUCACUCAAGACCCGACAUGGAAAUGGGAUAACAUGCUGAAAUACUUCAUAAUGAGCGAACAAUUGGAUGAUCAGGCAGUUCUCAGCUCAGAGUUUGGAGAAUAUCAUGGCACUGAUGGCCCCAUAGGUGUCACUAAGGAAAAUCGCGAAGUCUGUGAUGAAUACCUAAGGGCUUUCGAAGAAGCUGGUGAAGACGUUGUGGUUGAUAACGUUGGAGCCGGAAUAUUAGGAUAUUCCAGUAGCUUUUACCAUAUCCUAGACGGUCUCCGCACUACAUCGUCAGAGUCAUAUUUACCACCAUUAAAUAAUAACCCUAAUCUGUAUUUAACCAGGUACAGUACAGCAAAAAAGAUACUGUUCGAUGGCGACAACAAUGUCGUGGGCGUCACAUAUUUAAAGGAUGGUCAAGAUGUUACUGUAUUUGCAAACAAUGAAGUAAUUGUCACCGCAGGUUCAAUUAAAUCUGCUCAACUUCUUAUGUUAUCAGGAAUAGGCCCUAAGAAACACCUAAAGAAUAUGGACAUCACAGUGAUUUCAGAUCUCCCAGUAGGACAGAACCUUCACAAUGCAGUAGGAGCCGCAUUAGUGUUUAAAACAAAUAGAAAAGCAGAUUCCGAGGUAUUUGACCCUCACGAAAUUCCCGCGCCCGUAAUAGUUGGUUACGCUGCUUUUAACAAAAGUGACUUGUUCCCGAAUUAUGAGUCAUUAAAUUUUGUUAUUGAUGAUCAUCAGUAUAUGAUUUCAUUUUGUGGGUUCACUAUAGGCAUUGAAAACUCAAUUUGCGACGAAUUGUAUAAAUUAACCGACGGUACUCAGGUGUUAUGGUCUAACCUAAACGUGUUAAAUCCCAAAUCUCGUGGCGAAAUCCAACUUCGCAGCUUAAACCCUGAGGAUCAGCCGGUUAUUGAAACUGGAUAUUUUUCGGACGACCAGGAUUUAGAGGAUGUAGUUGAUGCUAUACUUGACUUUAUUAAAAUUGAGUCAACUCCGUUUGGUCAAGAUAAUGCCUUACAAUUCCUGCCAGUGGCUGAAAUGUGUAAUGGCAUUGAAUUUGGGUCUAGAGAUUAUUGGAGAUGUUACGUCUUAUGCAUGACUUUCGUUUCUUGGCGCGACGCUGGGACCUGUGCCAUCGGUGAAGUGGUGGAUACUAAGCUCGCUGUUAAGGGAGUGCAAAGACUCCGAGUGGUCGACACGAGCGUAUUCCCCUACGCUUUGGGUGGAGCAAUAUUUGCGCCCACAGUAGCUCUCGCUGAGAAAGCGGCCGAAAUGAUAAUUCACGAUCAGUAUCAAAACAUGGCUUUCAUGUAA